AAUUUUAUGAACAUGGUAUAACUGUGUUUGACUUGGUCUGACCCAAACCCUGUAGAGAACCUUUGGAGUCUUGUCAAGGAUGAGGAAAAUCAGGAUAGAAGUGGAUAUGUGGUCCCCACCAAAAGCCACUUCAGUUUACCGUUUUUGAGGUGGAAAAUUAGUGAUAAUACUCCAACCUUAAGUGUUGUGGCCACUUUUCUUGAAUUUUGUAAAUCAUAAGUUCUGCCAAUUUAGUUUUUCUUUGAGCUGUUGGAAUAUACUUGCAUUAGUUUAGAACCAAAAUCUGUAAUUAAUAUAGUCAAUGGUUUGUUUAACAGGUGGUUUGUUUCUUGAACACACGUUUUGAACUUGUAACAUCAGAUUAAGUCAACAUUAACUUUCAUCUAAUUUGUGAAAGAUUUGUAGUUAUUGUUUUGUCCAUAUUUUUAUGGAAAAAGCUACAUAUAAUUUUUUUAAACAAUCAAGUCAGAAGUGUGUUCAAGACACUAACUACCUGUUCCCAGCCCCUCGGCCUUUUCAAUAAAACUUUGGUUUUGGAUCUUAGAAAGCUGCGACGCUAAGUCUGAGCUCAAACUUAUAGCAGCUUCUUGUCUUUAGUUCUCGUUUGUGAGCUUAGGUGAGAGCUGGAACGUCAACAGACCAGAAACUUGAUCUAAGAAUUCAUCACUCUGGUAGAAAAUAUCAAAACACUUUAACUCUUCCCCACCUUGAGGCGACAUUUCAACCCUAACCUGGAGGGAAUAGUCCACCCACUUCUGUCUGCCGCAGUACAAGCCAAAAAUGUCUGUCAGGUUGAGCCGACAUGGCGGAUCACACGGACGUCAGCUUGUCGCCGGAAGAGCGAGUCCGCGCUCUGACCAAAAGGGGCAGCUCGGUGGAAGUCAACGACGACGUCCCGCCGCGACGCUACUUCCGCUCCGGCAUGGAGAUGAUCCGAAUGGCCCACAUCUACACCGAAGAGGGAAACAUCGAACACGCCUUCGUACUUUAUAAUAAAUAUAUUACGCUUUUUAUUGAAAAACUUCCCAAACAUCGGGAUUACAAGACGGCAAACAUCCCAGAGAAAAAGGACACAGUUAAGAAACUCAAAGAUGUGGCGUUUCCUCAAGCAGAGGUUCUCAAACAGGCUCUUUUAAAAAGAUUUGAACAUGAAUAUGCGCAGUAUCUGGUCAAAAAGAAAGCGGAGGAGGAGACCCUGGCGCUGGAGCAGUCCAGGCAGCGUGCGCUGGACGCCGAGCGGGAACGCGUCGCCGUAAUGCAGCGGCGGCAGCGGGAGCAGGAGCAGUUCAGUGCCUUCGAGGAGAUGAUCCGUCGCCAGGAGCUGGAGAAGGAGCGUCAGCGAGUGCUUCUGGAGUUCGCCACGCCGUCCGCGCCUCCCGCCGACACGCCCCUCAUUCCUGGCAUCCAGGGCCCGCCGUUGGUGUCCCCCACCAUCCCGUUGAGCCCCAGCGAUUUCGGCGCCAACGACUAUCAGCACCAUCAGCCCGCUGCUACGCCGGGCACGCCCGCGGCCGGACCGCCCAGCUUUGACCGCUCGCUCAAACCCGGGUCUCUGGUCAGCCCCGGGAACAACAGUGAGUUAAUCAUUUCUUUUCCCCAAGCUUCUUUAGUUUCUGUUUAAACUAAAGAUGCUCUGAUCCGAUAUUAUUAUCUGUAGAGGUCCUGACAUCUACAGGACAUCUACAGAUUGACAUCUGUAGAUGGGACAACUACUGACAUUGAAAAAAAUUAUAGAACGAGCUUCACGACAAGAGGGUUUCAUAUAGGUAAAUUGUCCCAGAAGUUAUUGUGAUUAACAAUAAUGUUCUUUGGAGACCAUUUUUAAGU